AUGAUUACCGGCAACAAGCGGCGCUUUUCGAUAUUCAAUCGUGCCGAGCAAAAGGUGAUCAACGCAGCUAGGGAGAAGAAAGAACUUCCGGACUUCAGCGCACUAAUCAAGAAGAAGCUGAGCGGAGGGAAAAAGACGUCUUCUGCGACUCCCGGUGUGACGACUCCUAGUAAGACGACUCCUGGUGAGACGACUCUUAGUGAGACGACUCCGGGUGAGACGACUCCUAGUAAGGCAACUCCUGGUGAGAUGACUCUUUCAGAGCCUCCCCCUCCUGCUGUUUCCUCGGGACUACCUGUAGGCCCAAUCAAUAUCGAAUCCUCGAGGGAGGACCUCAUGCAGUCUUCUGAACGAGAGACUGCCGAGCCAUCUGUGACUGAUGGUAAUAAGAAGAAAAGGUCUGCUCCCGAUUCUUCUGCUUCAAUCGAUGCCCAAGCGAGGACUGGGUCUGAUGAACCUCUGAGGAAGAAGAAGAAGGAGGAGAAGAAAAAGAGGAAGAAGUCUACUGAGGGGUAG